AUGGCAGGUCGCGGCCAAGGAACCGGCGGCGGCGGCGCCGUGCCGCAGGCGCCGCGCAUCGAGCUGGUGGUCGACGAGACCGCCGAGGUCGUCAAGAUGCGCUUCCUCAACCACCUGCGGAGCGAGGUCUCGUACGAGCAGCAGAAGGAGCUCAUGCGCCAGUCCGAGACCUCGUCGCUCUUUGUCGACUACUCGCGGCUCUUCGCCGCCGACGCCGACUUGGCGCAGGCGAUCGCGACUGCGUACUUGCGCUGGGAGAUCCCGCUGCGGCAGGCGGCGGCCGAAUUUUGCGACACGGGCCGCGAGACCUUUGUGUGCUUUUACAACUUUACGACGGUGCGCAAGAUCCGCCAAUUGAAGAUGACCGAGGUCGGCAAAAUGAACAGCUUCUCGGGCACCGCGACGCGCACGAGCGAGGUGCGACCCGAGCUACUCUUCGGCGCCUUUACGUGCGUCGACUGCGGCGGCGUCGUCGAAGGUGUCGAGCAGCAGUUCCGCUACAUGGAGCCCGUCAAGUGCGCCAACCCGUUUUGUGGCAAUACGAGCCAAUGGGAGCUGCACCCCGAGAAGAGCGUCUUUGUCGACUGGCAAAAGGUCAAGGUGCAGGAAAACAGCGACGAAAUCCCCGCCGGGAGCAUGCCCCGGUCCAUCGAUGUCAUUCUUCGGCACGAGAACGUCGAGCAGGCCAAGGCGGGCGACCGCGUCGUCUUUACGGGCGCGCUCAUCGUCGUACCAGACACAUCCCGCUUUGGGAAGAACGGGGGCGAGAACGUCGUGACGCGACGAGGAGGGGAAAAUAGCUCGUACGGCAUGGAAGGCGAAGGCGUCAGAGGUCUCAAGUCCAUGGGCGUCAAAGAAUUGACGUACAAGACGGCGUUCUUGGCGUGCUCGGUGCAGACCAUGGCCCAGCGAUUCGAUCGGGUCUCGAUCCGCAGUGAGAUGGGCGAAGAGACCGAGAACGACUUUACCGAAGAAGAGCUCGAGUCAAUUCGGCUCAUGAAGGCCGAGGCCGACCGGUACACCAAGAUGGCCAAGUCGCUCUGUCCGAGUGUCUACGGCCACGACGAGAUUCGCAAAGGCAUCCUCUUGAUGCUCUUUGGCGGCGUGCACAAGACGACGGCCGAAGGCAUCAAGUUGCGCGGCGACAUCAACAUUUGCAUCGUCGGCGAUCCGUCGACGGCCAAGAGUCAGUUUCUCAAGUACAUUGUCAACUUUUUACCGCGCGCGAUCUACACGAGCGGCAAAGUGAGCACGGCCGCGGGUCUCACGGCGUCCGUGUCGCGGGACCCGGACACGGGCGAGUUUUGCGUCGAGGCCGGUGCCCUCAUGCUCGCCGACAAUGGCAUCUGCUGCAUCGACGAGUUUGACAAGAUGGACCCGAUGGACCAAGUCGCGAUCCACGAAGCCAUGGAACAGCAGACCAUUUCGAUCACAAAGGCCGGGAUUCAAGCCACGCUCAACGCCCGCACAUCGAUCCUUGCGGCCGCCAACCCCCAGAACGGCCGGUACGACAAGACCAAGACGCUCAAGUACAAUGUGAAUAUCUCGCCACCGAUCAUGUCGCGCUUUGACCUCUUCUUUGUCAUCUUGGACGAGUGCAACGAGCAGGCGGACGAGCGCAUCGCGCAGCACAUCGUGAACCUCCACAAGCCGCGGGCGCUCCAGUCGGACGCGGACCACGUCGAAGCGUACCCGGAAGAAGCGCUCCAGCGCUACAUCAAGUUUGCGCGCACGCUCAGUCCCGUCAUCACCGAAGAUGCCAAGCGUAUGAUGGUCGCGUGCUACCGCCGCUUGCGCGAGAACGAUGUGACGAGCAACGGCCAGAGCAACAUUGCGUACCGCAUCACGGUGCGGCAGCUCGAGUCGAUGAUCCGCCUCUCGGAGGCGCUCGCCAGGUUAGACCUCGAGGAGACCGUCCAGGUCGAGCACGUCCAAGAGGCCUACCGACUCCUCAACAAGUCGAUCAUCCACGUCGACACGGAAACCAUCGAGCUCGACAUGCCGACGCUGCCUCCCACCGAUGUCGACCCGAUCGAGGCCAGCGACCACGAAGCGCCGAUGGCCAUGGACGCGACAAGCGAGGCCUCGACGCCGACGACGACAAAGAAGACGACGAAGAAGAAGAAGACGGCCAAGGACGUCGAGACCGACGCGGGCUCGAUCUCGUUCGAACGGUUCGCCGUCGUGCAGAAGGCGCUCGCGCUCUUUAUUCGCGAGAAGGAGGAGGAGAUGGAAGCGUACAAAGUCACGUCACAAGCCGAGCGCGCGGCCGACCCGAGCCUCCGCACGGAAGAGGACGACGCGCUCGACGCGUGGGAGUGCGGCGUGCUCCAAGCCGAAGUCGUCACGUGGUACCUCUCGUCCCAAGACAUUACGUCCGAGGUCCAGCUCGGGCACGAGCGCAAGAUCAUCAACUCGGUCAUCGAGAAGCUCAUCAAAGACGGCUUCCUCCAAGUCGUCGAAGAUGGCGGCGAUGAAGAUGACCCGAUCCAGAACCGAUACCUCACCGUCCACCCCAACUACGCCCUCGACUAAGAACACGCAUGAUUUGUGCGACCGAC